AUGGCAGUUGCGUGCGGAACGCGUUUUGGCGGGGCGCCCAAGCCUACCGGUAGCCUUCUCAUCACCGCGAAGCCCACCACACUCGCGCCCCAGGCGUACAGAACAUUCCAAGAAAGCUUCGAUAGCUUCGAAAGGACAGUACAGCGGUAUUCACGCACCGACGAUCGCGAGUUCAGCGACACCACACUGCGCGAUGUGCGCGAUGCCGCGAAACAGGUCGAGCGACAGCUUGCUGCGCGACAGUGCAUGCGGAACAUGAAGCGCUUCGAGCCGUUUCUCAAUGGGCUGGAGGCGUACUCCAAGGUCAUUGAAGUGCUGUGCAACGGCACGCCUUUUCUUAGUUGGAUAUGGCUCGCUACGGAUCAUAUCAGCGCUUUUGAGAAACUGUUAGCAGCGUACAGUCAGAUCGCAGCAAUGCUACCUCGAUUCGAUCGGCUAGGAACUGCUCUGCAAGAUAAGCCUGACUUUCAGCAAGCACUUGCAGUCGUCUACAGUGACAUCCUGAAGUUUCAUGAGCAUGCAUAUAAGCUGUUCAGACGAAAUGGCUGGAUUUGUUUCUUCAAAUCGUCCUGGGGACAAUUCGAAAGCAGGUUCAAUUGCAUCCUGGAUAGUCUCGCAAAACACGCCACAUUGAUCGAUCAAGAAGCAAACGCAUACCUUGUCUCAGAAACCAUGCAAUGGCGCAGAGAAGCUCUUCAAGCAGUAACAAAAACGGAGAAGGAUCGGUCGACAGCGCAGCUUACAGCAGCGCUUUCUUGGCUGGGUCUCGAGACUGUCCCUCAUUGCGGUCAGGCUUACCAAGACAACCUCCUUCACAGACUCGUCAACGACUGUUGUGACGGUACUACUGAAUGGAUUCUAAGACACCAAAGGAUGAGGGCGUGGCUUCAAAAUGGACGGGGCGCUCCAGUUUUAUGGCUGAAGGGCAAGCCUGGCUCCGGCAAAAGUACGCUAUGUGCGAAGACGGUACAAUUUCUUCGUGCACCCCAACAGUCGACCAUCUUGUUCUGUUUUUACAGCUACACUGUCAGCAGCAUAUAUCCCGAUCCUGUGGUCUUCAUUCUCGCCACAUUAGUAUCUCAAAUUCUUCGACAACGUACCGAUCUUGCCACUUACGUGUACGAAGAAUUCGUCGCUGAGAGUCGUUCGCUCUCCGUUCAGAACCUUCAAGGGCUUCUAUCGAAUCUGCUCCCACAGUUGGUGAUGCCACGAAUUCUGAUCGAUGGCAUCGACGAGUGUAUCAGAUACGACAUGCAUGGAAAACCAUGCGAUCUCACUCCUGUCAGAGAUGUUCUUGUUUCGAUACUGCAACUUGAGAGCCCAUCGCAAGCUUGUGCACCGACGAAGAUCCUUAUUGUCAGUCGGGACAUUUUGGAGUUGGUAGGAAAAUUGUCGAAAAGACCGACAGUGGCACUGGACCAAGAGAGCGAUGCGUUGACAGCCGACAUAACACGUUUCGCUACUAAAAGCCUAGAAAUCAUUCGGGAGAAGUUUGAGCACCUCGUCGGUGUAGACAAAAUUCUCGCAGAGGUAAAGAAGAAUGUAGUUUUAAAGUCUCAAGGAAUGUUCCUCUGGGUGCGACUAGUGUUAGCGCAACUGGAGAUCGACGCAUACAAUCUUGACGACUUAGAGAAUGCGAUUGCCAGCAUGCCGCACGACUUGCAUGAUUUCUACUCCCGCAUCGUACAGAGGAUCAUGCUCUAUCCAUCCCUAUCGCGAGAGCGGACCAUCAACAUACUGAAAUGGAUUCUAUGUUCGAGACGCCCGCUGAGGAUCCCAGAACUUCAGGAUGCUAUCGUAUUUGCGUCAGGGGCCGUCUCGUUAUCGGAGAGGUCAAAGCUUCCUGCAGCGAUCGUCGACCUCUGCAAACCUCUGAUACAAACAGAUGAUAAUGGGCAAAUAUCUUUUGUUCACUUCACAGUUCAAGAGUACCUUCUGAAAAGUGGUUUCGUUUCGCUACGGGAUGCGGAGAGCUGUACUACCAUUACUUGUCUGAACUACCUGACUUUCAGCCUUCAUCUUUCCGAUUCCAUUAUCCCUGCCGAACAAAAAGCAGUCGAUGUUGGCAAAUGCUUGUAUUCCCUUCAGCCAUAUGUCCACGAGCAUUGGCUUGACCAUCUUCUCGCCUUCGCAGCAGAAAUUGCGCAUGGUAGGGACCGAGGAUUGGAAGCUUGCCUGGAAACUCUCCUCUUCAUCAGUUCUCAGCAGCAUACGCGGUAUUUGGACUCAGCAUACGACGUACAACCAGACCUUCUCGCCGCGCGUAAUUUCGAGCCUCGUCUGAGAUACCUUGAGCACUAUGCAGAUUGUUACAAACUUCUCUGUGUUUAUGUAAAUUAUCGGCGUGCCAAACAAGUCCAUUUCGAGAAGUCCGAUGACUACAGAGGACCUUUGGAUCCCACGCCUUUCAGCGUAGUCCAGCUCGAAUACGCUACGCAAGUCGAUCAUCUGCUCUCAGCAGUUACGGUUGCAGGACUCACACCAGAACAGCUCACGAUGUUCAAGACGUCCAAUCGACCAUAUGCGUUCAGCCACCAACAGGGCGGUAUGGGAAUGGGUUUCCAGAACCCUAUGGCAAACGUAAACCAGGCACAGCUACAACAAUUGCAAGCAUCGAGAAAUAGACUAAUGGGACAAGGACGUUUCUCUAACAUUCCUCCUCACUUGGUCCACCAACAGCAGCAGAUAGGUAGUCAACAACCUAGUAGCCCGCAGGAGCAUGCUGCCAUAGCCUACGCAAGACAACAACACGCUCAAAAACACGCUCAACAACAUGCUCAACAACACGCUCAACAACACUAUCAAAUGCAGGCACAGGAGCAGGCGAUUUCUGUGCAACAUGCCCGCGUCAUGACCCCUCCUGGACCUCAUCACUCUAUUCAGCAACCGUUGACUGCUGACCCCAACCUAUUCGAGCUUACGCGUCAAGCGCAACAAAGAGCUGCCGCCGGUCGGCCGGGCAAACAACCACUAACCAAUGAGGUUCGUAUGAACAUGAUCCCGGCCGACCUCGACCCCAACGUAAAGCAGCAACUCCUUAAGGCCCCUGAUCCUCAGUUCAGUAUGAUACUACAGUGCUACAUGGGGAGCCUUCGUCGCCAAAAUGAAAUGCAAAACAGCGCAUUUCCGCCACUAUUGCCUCCAGUAGAAGCCACCGUUGAGGAGCAAGAGUCAUUCACGCCUCGAAGACCACCACCAUCGCCUCCAGUAAAAGCCACCAUUGAUGAAGAAGAGUUAUCUACGAUAAAAUGCAUCUGUGGAUACUCCGAUGACGAUAGCAACACGGUAUUGUGCGAGACGUGCGAUACCUGGCAGCACAUCGUGUGUUAUUACGAGUCUACCCAACAUGUGCCUGAUAUACACGAGUGUGUAGACUGUCUUCCGCGAAUUAUUGACUUGAAAGGCGCCUCUGAGAAGCAACGCCUCCGAAGGAAGGUACACAGCAUCGGCGAGCGCAAGAGCAGACCGAAAGCAUCAGCGCCAUUUCCCGAAUUGUCCCGGAACGCUUUCACAAAAAAUGUGACGGUGCCAUCAGCUGCUUCAAAUUAUUCUUUUUUGGGUCCAGGCGCACAUGUAAACCAAAUUCAAUAG